CUUUGUUGUGAGCCCAGGACAGCAAAGUUUACUGCUCCCCACCAGCCUUGCAGCAUUUGGACUGGUCACUAGGAAGGCAGCAGAAAGAGAAACUCAGUUUAAACUUUACCCGGAGCCUUUGGUCUCCCCCUCUUCCCAAAUUAAGGAGGAGAGGGACAUUUACCUGCCCUCUGCUGCACUCCAAGGACUCCCCUAUGAAGGCGACUUUCUGGAUCCUGGCAGGUUUUUACCUGCUUUUCUGCUGCAAGGCAGAAGAGGGACUGAACUUCCCAACUUACGAUGGAAAAGACCGAGUGAUCGACCUGAAUGAGAAGAACUACAAGCAGGCCCUGAAGAAGUAUGACAUGCUAUGCCUGCUCUUCCAUGAGCCUGUCAGCUCUGACAAGGUCUCCCAGAAGCAGUUCCAGAUGACAGAGAUGGUCCUGGAGCUGGCAGCUCAGGUAUUGGAGCCCAGAAGCAUCGGCUUCGGGAUGGUGGACUCCAAGAAGGAUGCCAAACUUGCUAAAAAGUUAGGCUUGGUUGAAGAGGGAAGUCUCUACGUCUUUAAGGACGAGCGGUUGAUUGAAUUUGACGGGGAACUGGCCACAGAUGUCUUGGUGGAAUUCCUGUUGGAUCUGCUAGAAGACCCUGUGGAGAUCAUAAACAACAAGCUAGAGCUUCAGGCCUUCGACCAAAUUGACGAGGAAAUCAAACUCAUCGGCUACUUCAAAGGAGAAGACUCUGAACAUUACAAGGCAUUUGAAGAAGCUGCUGAACACUUCCAGCCAUACAUUAAGUUCUUUGCUACCUUUGACAAAGGGGUUGCCAAGAAGCUAGGUCUGAAAAUGAACGAGGUGGACUUCUAUGAACCAUUUAUGGAUGAGCCUGUUCACAUCCCUGACAAGCCUUACACAGAAGAGGAGCUAGUUGAAUUUGUGAUGGAGCACAAAAGGGCCACUUUGCGGAAGCUGCGUCCCGAGGACAUGUUUGAGACGUGGGAGGAUGACAUGGAGGGAAUCCACAUCGUAGCCUUUGCCGAAGAAGACGACCCAGAUGGUUUUGAGUUCCUGGAAAUCCUGAAGCAGGUUGCCAGGGACAACACCGAUAAUCCCGACCUGAGCAUUGUGUGGAUUGACCCUGAUGACUUUCCUCUGCUGAUCACUUACUGGGAGAAGACCUUCAAGAUUGACCUGUUCAGACCACAGAUUGGGAUAGUGAACGUCACAGACGCUGACAGUGUGUGGAUGGACAUCAGAGAUGACGAUGACCUGCCCACCGCUGAGGAGCUGGAGGACUGGAUAGAGGAUGUGCUUUCUGGAAAGAUAAAUACCGAAGAUGAUGAUGACGACGAUGAUGAUGAUGACGACGAUGACGACGACGAUGAUGAUGAUGACGACGACGAUGAUGAUGAUGAUGACGACGAUGAUGAUGAUGACUAACUGUGAUUCUGUGCAGUCUGACUUGUGGGGGCCGAGAGGCCUCCCCCCGUGGCAGGUCCCUCCAUCGGAAAACCUGUGUUUGAGCGUCAGCAAGCACCGCUGCUCCUUUUACCCCCCUGCCCCAUUCCCCCUGCCCUUGCCUGGACCCCCUGGCCUGAUUCUCAGCAGUGCUGAGCCACCGGGACUGCCCCUGCAGCGGCCAGUGCCUGCAGGCACCCAGCACCGCUGCGAAUCAUGCCUCCUUAGUAAGGACAAUAGGAAUCUGCAGGGAAUCUGCCCCGAGUGCCCCAGGGCAGGAGGAAAGUGGCCCCUGCACCCUGACAGAGGGACAUAGGGAGCCAGUUGGGAUUUUCCAUGGUCAUUGGCCCAGCACUUGCAUCCAAAGACCAAAUCUCACUCCCAGACAUAGGGAAGGCCACUGUAAAGUUUGGUCCCUUUAUUAAACACAACACCCUCUGCAGCUACCCUGCCAAGACCACUCAGUGCUGCAAGUUCUGCUGCAGGAGUCUGUAGCUACUCAUUAACAUGCUACGAGCAGCAAAAAGCUUGGGAGGUGAGGAAGGUUUUAGAGAUGCUAUUCAAAUUUACAGUGAUUCUGUAUAAUGACAGGAUAUUCUUGUCUGGCAGAGCAAUGCAAAACCAAAUACUGUUGUCCCUGUCUGAACCUCUUUCUUCUUGGAAACUCAGGCAAAAAACAGGGGAAGUGCAGGUGGUCUGAUAGGGGACAUCCUGAACUGCUGGAAGGGCUUAUCCAGGUCUGAGCCCAAAUUCCUGAGGCUGAAGAUCAUGGCACAGAUCCAAAUUGCUGGUCUUAACCCCAAAGAAACACCAGAGCAGAAUCCAGGCCAGUUCUGAACAUCUGCAGCCAGGUCUGGGCUGGGCCUACCAUCCUUUUCAGGUGAACCUCAUCUGGAUUGAAAACCGUGCACAUGAGCUAGCAUACUCCUGCCAGUAUUCAUAGGGGCCUACCCUGAAGCUUUCCUAUUCCCCAUGACCUUCCAGCUUUAGCUGACUUCUAACCCGAAGCCUACAGAGCAUGUUUUCCCAUGACCAAGAUGCUGGGAGGGAACACAUCCAUCCAACUGUAUUAGAUGCUGGAUAACCUGCAUUGGGCAAUGAACAGUGAAAUGAUUCAAGUUGUUUGGCUUUUUAAGUAUUCAGUUGCACAGUUACUCCCUGCUUAGAGACUCAGAUGUCCCAUGAUAGCCUGUGAGAAGCCUCUUUUGACUGCAGACUGAGAAGGAGCUCAGGGCACCAGUUUGCAGUAAAAGGGGUCACUCACAAAGCAAAGGGUCAGCAACUCAGUCCUGGCGAGUGCAGCACCAUCCAUGUGCAGGUCACUGUGACAGUGUUAGGUCUCCCUGCUUUCCCAUGCCGGCAGGUUUCAAUUGUCUUAGCUUAUUAGGUUUGAUAAUAGUGCAAUGAAUGGAGAGUUUGGAGAUAGUUCUAUCUUCAUAAAUACAUGUAUAAAUAUGUUCUCCAGUUGUUCAGACUCGUUAGCAUAGGUAGAGUACACAUGUCCUCUCUUGCUACAGACAAAAAAAAUAUUGUUCUGACCUUUCUUAUAGUGGUUUACGUCAGAGGUAAGUGAUGUUACUGGAAAUAACAGUGUGAGGGGCAGGAGAAUCGAAGUUUGUUAUAUGAAUGCGAAUCGGCUCGAUGAGAAACAAGGUUUACACACUAUAUAUUUCCUUAAUCAGUUGAACUGCGAAGCAAGAUUUUAUAGAUUAUUCUUUUUUUCCUGCCUGUUGAUCAGUCUCUUUGACUCUCUCUCUCUCUACAUUAGCUGAAAUAGAAAUUUGAAACUACUGGUAUAAAGAGGCUGAAGUACUGAUAUA